UUCCGGUUGAGAUCGAGAGGAGGCCGCCUGAGUGUGAGGAGAGCUGAGGGGGCGACGACGACUGGCAGAUUCUCAGGGUUUUUUUUAAAAAAAAAAUGUCGUCUGACUCGAGCAAGAAACGGAAGCCCAAGGUCAUCCGAACAGAUGGAGGCCCGCAAGAAGGCAAGAGGGGCAGGCCAGAUGCUGAUCAGGAUGCCAAAUACUACAGCGAAGAGGCCGAGGUGGAUCUGCGAGACCCCAACAAAGAUUAUGAACUUUACAAACAGACCUGCCAGGACCUUCAGAAGCUUAUGGCCGAGAUCCAGGAACUGAAGAGCAAAGGCAGCAAAGACAGCGCUGCUGAGAUAGAGGACCGUCGCAUCCAGAGCUGCAUCCACUUCAUGACCCUGAAGAAACUGAACCGUUUGGCUCAUAUUCGGCUGAAGAAGGGAAGGGAUCAGACCCAUGAGGCAAAGCAGAAAGUGGACGCGUACCAUCUGCAGCUCCAGAACCUGCUGUACGAAGUCAUGCAUCUGCAGAAGGAGAUCACGAAAUGCCUGGAGUUUAAGUCCAAACAUGAGGAAAUUGAGCUGGUGAGCGUGGAGGAAUUCUACAGAGAAGCCCCUCCAGAAAUCAGCAAAUUGGAGAUUACGCAUGCUGAUCCUCACCAGCAGACGCUCUCGCGGCUUGACUGGGAGCUGGAGCAACGCAAGCGGCUGGCAGAAAAGUAUAAAGAAAGUCUGGCCAACAAAGAGAAGAUUCUUAAAGAGAUAGAAGUGAAGAAGGAAUAUCUGAGUAACCUCCAGCCUCGGCUCAACAGCAUCAUGCAGGCUUCUCUCCCCGUCCAAGAGUACCUCUCGAUGCCUUUCGAUCAGGUUCACAAGCAGUACGAGACGGCCAGGCACCUCCCACCGCCUCUCUACGUCCUCUUUGUCCAGGCGAGUGCCUACGGCCAGGCCUGCGAUAAGAAGCUGGCUGUGGCCAUAGAAGGAAACGUGGAGGAAGCCAAGGCGCUCUGCAAACCGCCAGAGGACUCUCAAGAUGAUGAGAGUGAUUCGGAUGCUGAGGAGGAACAAACCACAAAACGUCGACGCCCAACUUUGGGGGUGCAGCUGGACGACAAGCGCAAGGAGAUGCUGAAGAGGCACCCGCUAUCGGUCACCGUGGAUCUGAAAUGCAAAGACGGUAGCCUGCUGCUCCUGACCUUCUACUAUUUGAUGAACCUCAACGUCAUGACGGUGAAAGCCAAGGUGACUACAGCCGUGGAGAUGACCAUGCCGAUCAGUGCUGGAGACCUAUUGUCCCCCGACUUGCUCCUGAGCUGCUUGUAUCCCGGAGAUCACGGGAAGAGGACUCCCAAUCCUGCCAACCAGUUCCAGUUCGAUAAAGUUGGCAUCCUGACCCUGAACGACUACAUUACAGAACUGGGCCACCCAUACAUGUGGGUGCAGAAGUUGGGGGGCCUGAAUUUCCCCAAGGAUCAGCCACAGAAUCCCGUGGUCGCUGACAACUCCCUGAGCGCCAGCCACAUGGAGAGGACGAUGAAAUUGCUCAAGAUGAGGCUGGAGUCCCGUCUCGCUUUGCACAGGCAAUUCGCUUCGCUCGAGCACGGGAUCCUGCCCGUCGCCAGCGAGUGCCAGCACCUCUUCCCGGCAAAGAUUGUGUCGCGUCUGGUGAAGUGGACGGCGCUCACGUACGAGGACUACCUGGAGUUGCCCUACACGAAAGAUGUCGUAGAGGCUGGUUUGGCAGAAGACACUCACCUUUAUUACAUGGCCCUGGUAGAAAGAGGGACAGCCAAGCUGCAGGCGGCCGUAGUGCUGAAUCCUGGCUACUCCUGCAUGCCGCCCAUCUUCAGCCUGUGCCUGAACUGGAAAGGGGAGAAGACCAAUAGCAAUGACGACAACAUCCGGGCCAUGGAGAGUGAGGUCAGUGUUUACUGCAAGGAGCUCUACGGUCCCAAGCCAGGCUACCAGCUCCUGACCAACCAGCUGCAACGGUUGUGUGUUGUUCUGGACGUCUACCUGGAAACGGAGACCCACGACAACAGCGUGGAGGGACCGAAGGAGUUUCCGCAGGAGAAGAUGUGUCUGCGUCUGGUCAGGGGGCCCAGUCGGAUGAAGCCAUUCAAGUACAACCAUCCCCAGGGCUUCUUCAGUCAUCGUUGAGGGCUGCAGAUGACAGCUCUGCCCAAGGAGAGAGACAGAGAGCGUCGCGGACUGGAGUUCUUGGUUGGCAGAUUCCCAGCCUCGUCCUGCCCAGGCCAGGCCAGAGGUUCCUGACUGCUUGCCGGCCACUUUGGUUUAUUCCAUUCCAUUAGCUGUACUGGGGGUAGUUUCGAAAUAAUUAAAAUUUUAAGGAGAGUUUGUUUCCUAA